ACGUGACCUUGACGUUGUCGCGCCCGCGCCGACCGGCCUGAAUCCUUGGGCUUCCGCGGGAUCCUGGUGGCGGUUUAGCUGCUUUACGUCCCGGUUUUGUGCCGUUGGCGGUCUUCUCUCCAGACUCCCUGGGCCUUGCCUCCGACUUCACCAUGUACCACAACAGUAGCCAGAAGCGGCACUGGACUUUUGCUAGUGAGGAGCAGCUGGCGCGAUUGCGGGCCGACGCCAACCGCAAAUUCAAAUGCAAAGCUGUGGCGAACGGGAAGGUUCUUCCAAAUGACCCAGUCUUUCUUGAGCCUCCUGAAGAAAUGACUCUCUGCAAGUAUUAUGAGAAAAGAUUAUUGGAAUUCUGUUCGGUGUUUAAGCCAGCAAUGCCAAGGUCUGUUGUGGGUACAGCUUGUAUGUAUUUCAAGCGCUUUUAUCUUAAUAACUCAGUAAUGGAAUAUCACCCCCGGAUAAUAAUGCUCACUUGUGCAUUUUUGGCCUGCAAAGUGGAUGAAUUCAAUGUGUCUAGUCCACAGUUUGUUGGAAAUCUGCGGGAGAGUCCUCUUGGACAAGAGAAGGCACUUGAACAGAUUUUGGAAUAUGAACUACUUCUUAUACAGCAACUUAAUUUCCACCUUAUUGUCCACAAUCCUUAUAGACCCUUUGAGGGCUUUCUCAUUGAUUUAAAGACUCGCUAUCCCAUGUUGGAGAAUCCAGAGAUUUUGAGGAAAACAGCUGAUGACUUUCUUAAUAGAGUUGCACUGACGGAUGCUCACCUUUUAUACACACCUUCCCAGAUUGCUCUGACUGCCAUUUUAUCUAGUGCAUCCAGAGCAGGAAUUACUAUGGAAAGUUACUUAUCAGAAAGUCUGAUGCUAAAAGAGAACAGAACUUGCUUGUCACAGUUACUAGAUAUAAUGAAAAACAUGAGGAACUUGGUAAAAAAAUAUGAACCACCCAGACCUGAAGAAGUCGCUGUUCUGAAACAGAAGUUGGAGAGAUGUCACUCUGCUGAGCUUGCACUUAACAUAAUUACGAAAAAGAGGAAAGGUUAUGAAGAUGAUGAUUAUGUCUCAAAGAAAUCCAAACAUGAGGAGGAAGAAUGGACUGACGAUGACCUGGUAGAUUCCCUCUAACCAUCUGAAAUUGAUUUGUCAAUGCUAACUAAUCAACAGAAGGAUGAAGCAUAUCUGGCAUUUAACUUUAAAAACGAAGUAAUGUGAAAGCAUCAAAAUAUAUGCAACUUUUCUAUUUAUGUUAUUUAAAAGGUUUUCCUUUCAGGGUAGCUUUAUGUGAAAUAAAACAUCUUCAAAGGAGCCAGAAUAGCACCUGGUUUGGGUAAUCUUGUGCCACCAUGACUAAUAUCAAAUCGAUCUUUCUAUGGUAGCCAAAUUAAAGCUGUAAUUUAUUUGCCUAUAUUGUUUAUACAGGAUGUCAUUAAGCAAACUUAUCCUUUUCUGAAAAGGCACCACAAAAAACAAAACUUAGUAGUCAGUUUAAAAAGUGCUAAGGAAUGUUGGCUACUAUAGCAUUCAGGUAUUUAACUGUGAUCUUAUUCAGUUUCUAGAGCUGGAACCAAAUUAUGAAGGUCUGUCAGAUUGUUUCUGGAAAAUGGGGUUGAAGGAAUUCUGAGAAACUCAAUUGCCCUAAAUCUAAGUAAGUUUUACAGAUGCAAACCUCUCCUCAGUGUCAGUGCAUCCCAGGAUGUACUUUUCCAUAAAGUGUAGGUACCAUUUAAUUACAUUGCAGUAUUUGAAGGUAGUAUUUACUAUAUGCACAUCCUUUAAUAAUUCUUUAUAUUUUAGGUUUGCGUUGUUUUAAUUUCCUUCUCAUUGAGGAAUGAGGAAUAAAAUUCACGAAGUGUGAUUUUAUAAAAGUGGAGGGGAAGAAGCCAAAAUUGACAGUCCUUCACUGCAGUCCUGGUGAAGCAGUGGUCCUGCCAGGCUCUAGACAGAAAGGCAAACUGUUUAGAAUUUAUCUUGUUUCUUUUUUAGGUCACUAAAGUUUGGCGUCAGAGCAUGGUCCACAUUUAUCUCUGAAAAUUUUCCUACCCAGCCCCUUUAAAAAAAUGUUUCGAGGUUUCAUUUCAUCAUUGACCAGCUAAGUUACUCCAAGGCCUACAAAGGUAAAUGACAAGUUUCCUAUUCCAGCUUAAGAGAUAAUAAGCAUGUCAUUAAAAUAAAAAAAAAAAGUAGAGUGUCUUUAGGUUUGUGGGGUUUUUCUAGAAAUAAAAGGCAGGAGAAGCAGUUCAGAUUGAGAAAUGACAGGUCAGUAUGGUUAAAACUGAGAUGUGAGUAGUGGGAGAGAACAAAUUGCUGAGCACUAGAAUCUAGACGUUUUUGCAUAUUGUUGAAAUGUUUUCGGAGAUGUCCAUAUCCCUUUUAGUCUAUCCUGGAAGGAGACCAAAUGGCAUACUAUAUUGUCUAACUGAAAAGCAGAGGGGAAAAUAUGGAAUUGGGUUGACAUCAAGAAAAAGGAGCACCUGGUGUGUUUGUUAGUGUUUUGCUAUCACUGUUCAACUGUGAUUGCAGCUACUUCAGGGCUAGCUACCUAUAUAUAAAUAACAGCAUUUAAUACUUGCAGCUAACUGAGGGUUCACAAAAUUUCUGCAUAGUAUAGUUUUAACACUUUAUUGCUUCCAAAGUGUUGCUCUUAGAACCUAGGCCUUUAGAAAAUUUUUUUUUUACUGGGGAAAUGCUUUUCCCAGUACAUCCCUGUCUGGCUCUCCUUGUAGGCCUUCUCUACCCUGCACAGUUAUGGGAGGGAAGGAAUCAUUAACAAAUACAUAAUGGAAUCCUUCAAAAGGGGCCUUGCUCUGGUACUAAAUUUGAACUGCCCCUAAAAGGAGGAAGAAAAUGAAAUUAAAUGUUUAGCUGUAUUUAGACAGAAGUAAUCAGAUAUUUAUGUAUCCCUUGGUUUUAUUUUAACUUAACCCUUGUGAAUACUUCACAAAAAUACACAUACAGAAGCAAAUAAAACUAUACAGUCAGUCAAACUAAAUAUCCAGCAGAUACAACAAGUAGUCAGAAGGGCAAAGAUGGAUAGCUGUUCAGUGGCUGAUGAAAUUGUUUGCAUAAUUUAAAAAAUCAACUUGGAAUUAAUGAAUACUUUCAAUGAAAGCAUUCUAGGGUUUUUAAACAUAUAAAAGUAAUUGGUAAUCUAUAAAACGGUUGAAUGGGUAACAUGCGUUGAUCAGUACACAGUGACCAAUAAUACUUAUUGAAUUCAAACUAUUUACUGUUGUAAACAUUUAACAAAAAAGCAUUAUGAGAUCUAAAUACAGUCUUUGACAAUUCGAACAAAAUAAGUGGUAUGUUUAAAAAAUAAAGCUGAUGAGCAAUAGAUCCAUUCUAUAUAUUUUCUUUCAACAGUUCCAGCAAAGAGAAAUAGCAGUUAUUUUAAAAAAGUAUACAGCAAAGAUUGUUCCUAUUGUAAUGGUAAACUCUGGAAACUGUAAAUACAAAUAGUCAUUGAACAGUCAAACGGUCAUAUUCCUAAUUCAGGAAGAAGUAACAGUAAGAGCAGUCUGCAAUCCAGUUAUACUCAAUUGUCAACAGAGAAUGCUUUUUUUCAUAGUUCUGUUUCCAAG